AUGCCUCCCACCACCAAGUUCCUCCUCCUUGUAUCAGCAGCCGCCGCAACCUUUGCUCUGAGCAAUGGCACCGGCACCGGCACAGCUGCCUGCGUGCCGCGGGAGCGUGAUGCCCUGCUGGCGUUCAAACGCGGUGUCACAGAUGACCCCUCGGGUCGUCUCGCCUCGUGGCGGCGAGGCAGCGACUGCUGCCGGUGGAGGGGCAUAAGGUGCAGCAACCGGACUGGCCAUGUCCUCCAGCUUCGACUUGGAAAUAGCUACUCGUACUUUGAUCAGGAAUUUUAUACUGGUCGGACAACAUCUUUGGAUGGCCAGAUAAGUCCAUCUCUAUUUUCUUUGGAGCAUUUGAAGCACCUUGAUCUCGCCUGGAAUUUUCCAUAUAUAUGUAGCAAUUGCGGUCAUGUUCCAAAACUAUGGGGCUCUCUAAAAAACUUGAGAUACCUGAACCUUUCCAAUGUACCGGUCGAUGACGACACGUUGCUUCGUCAGCUUGGUAACCUCUCUAAGCUGCAGUAUCUCGACCUUUCCUACACCACCUACACCAUAGUGCAACCAACAGAUUUUUUAAGCUUAACACAUCUACCUUUGCUACACCAUCUUGACCUUGGUGGGUUCAAUCUCACCAUGGUACAUGAUUGGCCUCGUAUCGUGAAUAUGAUUCCUUCUUUGCAAGUUCUCUAUCUUUCUGGUUGCUCGCUUCAUAAUGCCAACCAACAGCUCCCACGCUUGAACCUCACAAAACUUGAGAGGCUUGAUCUCAGCUACAACCAUUUUGAUCACCCCUCCGAGUCCUGUUGGUUUUGGAAUUUGACAAGUCUCAAGUACCUCUACCUUCGAGAAACCUUUUUGUAUGGUCAUUUUCCCAAGACACUAGGACAAAUGACAUCCCUUCAAGUCUUUGACUUUUCAUACAACAAGUAUCUCGACGGCGGCCCCGGCGGCAUCAUAGCGCCAGGGUUGAUGAGAAACCUAUGCAAUUUGGAAGUACUAUACCUUGAAGAAGGUCUCUCGUAUGGGAACAUGGCAGAGUUGCAUGAGAGCUUGCCACAUUGCUCGUCCAGCCGACUAAGAGAACUGUAUUUGAAUGGAAACAAUAUCACCGGGACCCUACCAGCUGGGCUUGCCCAAUUCAGCAGUUUGGCCACUCUCAUCCUCUCUGAUAACUAUAUGAAUGGACCCGUGCCCACUGAGAUUGGUAGGAUCAACGAUUUGAUUAUCCUAGACCUAAGAAACAACAAUUUGACAGGUGUCAUCACCGAAGAACAUUUCUAUGGUUUCACGAACUUACAGUAUAUAGAUUUAUCUAAUAAUUUUGCAUCUUGCCAAAUAGGUCCUCAUUUUCCUUCUUGGCUUCGGUUGUUGCCUAGAGCUGAUUACAUUGAUAUGUCAGACACUGGUAUAACCGGUCAGCUCCCAUACUGGUUCUCGACAACACUUUCACAAGCUAUAUUUUUGAACUUCUCCCACAACCAGAUUAGUGGAAGCCUGCCAAAAAAUAUGGAAUCCAUGUCAGUGAACUAUCUCUAUCUAGAUAGAAACCAAAUAACUGGUGAAAUACCUCCACUGCCAGAAAAUCUCACUUGUUUCUCCAUAUCUAACAAUUCUCUAUCAGGUCGUAUUACAAGAUCUAUCUGCAAAACCCAAAAGUUGAAGUGCUUGGAUUUAAGAAUCAACCAGUUGGAGGGAGAAUUUCCUCAAUGUAUCAAGAUGGGAAACAUACGGAGUCUUAUAUUGAGUAACAAUAUGUUCUCGGGAAAGUUCCCAUCUUUUCUGCAAAGCACAAAUAUAAAGUUUCUAGAUCUAUCAAGAAAUAAGUUCUCUGGAAGAUUGCCUGAAUGGAUAGGAGACUUGAUGGCAUUAGAGUAUAUAGGAUUAAGCUAUAAUAUGUUCUCUGGGAGUAUUCCAUCCAGCAUCAUCAAUCUUGGAGAAAUGUUCAAUUUUGAUGUAGCUGGCAACAGAUUGUCUGGUGUUAUACCUCGCAAUCUUUCAACUUUGACGGGCAUGGCAGGUCAGGUGCGAUACUUGAACGUAGACUCGAACUGGAUGGAGCCUCAAUUUAUUUUGCCCGUGCUCACAAAGCGACAAGAGCUUCAUUAUAAACAAUCAUUUGCUAAUAUGUCGAGCAUUGACUUAUCCUUGAAUUACUUAACUGGAGUAAUUCCAGAAGAAAUUACUUCUGUGAAUGGAUUGAUGAACCUGAAUAUUUCUUGGAACUACUUGACUGGAGAAAUUCCACGCAGUAUUGGGUCCAUGGAAUCACUGGAAUCAUUGGACCUAUCAAGGAACAAACUUUGUGGGGAAAUUCCACUGAGCCUAUCAAAUCUGACCUAUUUGGAAUCUUUGGAUUUGUCCUACAACAAUCUGUCCGGAAGAAUACCACCGGGAUCGCAACUUGACACUCUCUACGACAACUAUCCAUAUAUGUACAGCGGCAACAUUGGUCUCUGUGGGCAUCCUCUCCAACGGAAUUGUUCAAGAAGUAAUAAUGCAACAAAGCUAGUUGAUGGUGAUACCAAGAGAAGUGCACGUGUGUCUGAUUCAACGUUGUUUUACCUCGGGCUUGGGUCAGGGUUUGUCGUUGGCCUUUGGGUGGUGUUAUGUACCAUGCUCUUCAAGAAAACAUGGAGGAUUGCAUAUUUCCGGCUCUUCGACAAGGUAUAUGACAAGCUAUAUGUAUUUCUUGUUCUUACUUGGGCAAGGUUGGCACAGAAGGCACUGAAUCUAACUGGGAAGCUUGGCUAG